ACCCACUGCCACGGCACCCACACUCUCAUCUCAAUUCUCAAAUCCCAUCUUCCAAAAUCAUCGGAAAAUUCUUUUUACUUUUCCCCUUUUUUCGUCUUUUAUUUUAAUUUAAUUUUUUAGACCGCUAUAUGUACCCAUGUAGAUUUUGCCCAUUUCAUUUUUUCUACCAAGAAUUCUCCGAAUUGCUACUCAAAAAAGAAAAAGUGAAUUCUCCAAAUUAGGCAUCUGUGGCCAAUUCCUUGAUGGGCUGUCGUUGAUUUAAUUUAUUUCUAGUUCAUGGGUUUUGGGUAGUAGGUAAUGGGUAUAAAUUCAUAAUCAGAAUCUAGUCACUAAUAAUAAUAAUAAUAACUUUGAUAUUCUGUAAAACAAUGGAGGUUGAUAGAUAAUUAAUUAAUUUAUUAUAAUAUGGGAAAUGUGAAUGGCAAAGGAGAAGAAGAUGGGGCAAAUAGCCCUUCAGGAUCAGGUGGUGGUGGGGUUGGAGUAGGGGUUGAUGAAAAAGGAGGAGCAGGUGGUGGUGGUGGUGGUGGAGGAGUAGGCAAUAAGGGCAGUGUUGCACCAGACAAGGCCCGCCUUGGCCACCUUCCCCCGCCGCCGCCUGAAUUGAUGGGUCAGUCUCCUCCUCAAAGCCCUAGGGCCACUCAGUUACCUCUCCUGUUCACUCCUCAGGUUCCAGUGGUUCCACUACAAAGACCUGAUGAGAUCCAAAUACCAAGCAAUUCAUGGAUGCAAACUACUGUUGGGUGUGAGGAAAUCUGCAAUGAGCAAGGAAUUCCAACAAUGAUUACGUGGAGCUAUGGUGGCAAUGAAGUAGCUGUUGAGGGAUCAUGGGACAACUGGAAAACAAGGAUUCCCUUGCAGAGAUCUGGUAAAGAUUACAAUAUAAUGAAAGUACUUCCUUCUGGCGUUUACCAAUACAGGUUUAUUGUUAAUGGACAGUUGAGGUACAUCCCUGACUUACCUUGGGCUCAAGAUGAUACUGGCAAUGCUUACAACAUUUUGGAUUUGCAGGAUUAUGUUCCAGAGGACCUUGAGAGUAUGUCUAGUUUUGAACCGCCUCACUCUCCAGAGUCUAGCUACAACAAUCUGCAACUUGGAAAUGAAGAUUUUGCAAAGGAUCCACCACUUGUUCCUCCAAACUUACAGAUGACGCUGCUUAAUAUGCCAUCAUCGUACAUGGAGAUUCCACCUCUUUUAUCAAGACCCCAACAUGUGGUGCUUAAUCAUCUCUACGUGCAAAAAGGGAAGGGUGGCCCUGCGGCGGUGGCACUUGGUUCAACACAUCGUUUUUCAGCUAAGUAUGUGACAGUGGUGCUCUACAAGUCCUUGCAGAGGUAAUAAUUUUUUUUUUAGCAUCUAUGUUGGUUUUUAGUCUACAGUCACGGGACAUAAUCAAUAUAAUUAUUAAGAGGAAAAGCUACAACAGUGGCUUAAGUAAUCCCAAGGGAUCUUUCACGCGAUGCAAAUGCUUGAUGAACAUUGGUUAGGCAACCUAUUACUUGUUUUGGUUUUCCAUAUGUAGAAAUUAUUCUUCUAAUAUUACAAGACUACGUAUUAUUUGAAUUUA